AUGGAUAAAAAGGAGGAAACAAAAGAAAGAAUGGAUAUUGUCAACAAGAUCAGUUUGAGUGAUGCAGAUUCGGCCAUUAAAGUGAACUUGUUGCUGCAGCUAGGUCUUGGGGCUGGUGCCUUUAUUGGGUUUGUGCUACUGCGGAAGCGCAUGCCGUGGAUAUACUGUGCCAACACAAAGAGUAGCAAAACUCACCCGGCAAGAAUGUAUCAGGGCAUACUAAGCUGGAUUAUUCCGGUGGUGACUAUCUCGGACAUAGAGUUUUUUGAUCUUGUUGGGUUUGAUGCUUUCUUGUUUACGGAGACUUUGAAGCUUUUAGGGAUGAUCUUUACAGUGCUGGCUAUAUUGUUAGUGCCUGUGCUAGGGGCAUACUAUGCUUUGUUUGGGGGUGGAAAAGAGACCCAGUUGCUAUUGCGUCUGUCGAUACUUCGUACUAAAGAGAGUGGCCGUAGUGUUAAUGGAAUUAUUCCGGGUAUAUCUACUUGGGUUGUGACUUUGGUAGUGUUGUACUUUCUCUACAUGUUCUACCGAAAGUAUAUCAUUUUGCGGCAGCUGCACCUGCGGGACCGGUCCUUUUCCAAAUCAACGCCCUCGAUUAGACGUUUGGCGGCAGAGAUGCAUUCGGUGAAGAAGGCCUUAAAUGAAAUAGACUUGCCAUCCCGGAGUGUGCUCCUGCGCAACUUGCCUUCACAUAUCAAGAACAAAGACGGGUUGUUAGACUACCUAACAAUGCUUAAUUUAGGAAUUGCCCCAGAAGAGUGCCAUGUUGUGCUGAACACGAAGGAGCUAGAAAGAUUACUCUCUCGCAAACGAGAAAUGAUCUAUUGUUUAGAGCAGGAAAUUCAACAACAAUUCAUUCGUAUCAAUACUCUAUCUCUGCAAAACAACUUCUUUGCUGAGUGUGUUGAUAAUUACGACCCGGACAUGGACUUGAUUUCCAAUGCAAUCCAAUGGGGCCGGCGGCAUAAGAAGGAUGUUAAGAAGGUUAAAGCCGAGAGCGUGCAAGAAAUGUUUCAGACCUUUUGUUCGUCCCCCUUUCUUGGCCACUUGGCACAAUUUAACCCUAAAAUAGGCGCUGAUAAGAUCCGGGACUAUAUGCACACGAUUGAGUCAUUGAGUGCGGCCAUCGACGAAGAAAGAAGUCGGAAAAUGUCUCAAAUAGAGGAUAAACAACUACUGCUACCAGAUGUGGCUGAGAAGAGUCUACAUGAUCCGUAUGCGCUGGAAAGAGAGAAGCCAAUCUUCUUCUCGUUCGGAUCAAUGCUGCAUGUCAUGCGCCAGUACCGUGAGUUCUCUUCGGGCUUUCCUAAAGAAACACGUUCAGCCUUUGUGACCUUCCAUAAUGCAGAAGGAGCCAAUGCUAUGAAGAUGGCUCUAAUUGGAACAGGAACUUUUAGCUGUAAGGCCGUUGAAGCUCCGCCGCCGGAAGAGCUUAUCUGGCCGACUUUGUCCGAUCCAGAGCCAGCUCGGAUUGUGCGACAGUUUGCGGGCUCAAUCGUCACCUUUGUGUUUGUGGUGUUUUUUGUCUUCUUUGUCUUUCUGGUCUCUAGUUUGAUUAACCUUUCUACCUUUGAUAAGAUUGUGUCUUGGAUUAACCCUGAUUUACAGGCGAUCACCCAGACCCGGGAGUUUCGGGCAUCUUUCCAUGCGAUUUUCGUGCCUUCGGUGUACAGUCUCUUUUUAGCCUUGGCACCCUCGGCGAUUAAUGCCAUCUGUUUAUUCGAAGGGAAUAUUUCCCACACGGAGUUCCAAAAGAAUUUCGGCCGGAAGUAUUCACUAUUCCUGUUUAUGAACGGAUUCUUGGCGUUUAUAUUCAGCACAACCCUGAUUGCCAUUAUCGACAACAAGAAGGCCAAACAAAGUGUUUUUGAGUCUAUCUCGGUACCAGUAGUAGUCUCCUCUACCUUCUUUCUGAACACCCUGAUCCAGAAGACUUUCUUUGGGCUAAUGUUUACACUGCUCGAGCCAAAGAGAGUUUUCUUUCGGCUGGUCUCACACUUCCUAGGCGGAGUAAGAACUCGGCGAGAAGAGAUUGAAGAUAUCCAGCCCGAACGCAUUAAUUUUGGGUACUACUACCCACAAGUCUUUCUUACGUUUCCAAUGGUGUUGAUUUACACGGUUAUUUGUCCGGUCUUCUUUAUUUUGGGUGCGAUUCACUUCAUGCUCUCGUUUUUGGUCUACAAGUCCCUCUUCAUGUACUCGCACACGAGUGAUUUAGAAAGUGGCGGGGGACACUGGCCAAUGCUUUGUGGUAGCAUCUUUUAUGCGCUCAUUACCUUCCAGGUUAUUAACAUUGCGCACUUUUUAGCUAUGCGCCAGUAUGUGAUUCUUCUCUUUGUGGUGCCUUUAGUAGUCAUUACCGUCGGCAUAGGACAGAGCUUCAACAAAAUCAUGAAGCAAAGGUGCAACUACCUGCCCAAUAGUGCUAAGGAGCUAGAGGAAGGAGCCAAUUUCAUGUACAAAAUCUCGCUUAUGCGUCGUGAAGUAAUCAAGAACUGGAAAGAGUCUUCCCAGGUAGAGAAAGUUUUCCUUAACCUCAACCACACCAAACGAUCCUUGUUCUUCACCAAAGAGCCGUACAUCUACAAAGACCUUUCCCUACUGCCUUCCUCAUCAGCCGCCAUUCUUCCCAACUGGUUCUGUACUGUUCUUUGUUAUCUCCAGGCCGAGGGCGACUCUACCAUCUUUCGUCUCUAA